CACAUAAGUAAAUUAUGAAUAAUACUGAAUGAAAGAAUGAACCUGUUGAAAUCGCAUAUAAUAACUGGACUAUAUAGUAUACAAUUUGUUAUAGGACAUAGUAAGGAGCCCGUAAAGCCUUGAAUUGGACAGUGAACAGUGGCAUGAAAUAGGAUAACACAACGUUCAGGUUCGACAGUGUAUAGGCUACCAAAAAAAACUUAAGAUUUGUGAACGUAAUUCAAGGGUAUACUUACGCCUCCUAGCACACUAAAAGAGUACUACUACAAAGGAAUUCGAUUAAAGAACAAGAUGUCUUCAUCACAUAUGCCAGAAAGGAUUAUUCUAAUUCUUCUAACGAUCGUCUUAUAUUUGGUUACUCUUGUUGUAAAUGCACUGGCAGCACAAGGUGGCGUGGAACUGGGUUUAUUUAAAACUAACAUGGCAGACAUAUCUGAGGCCUACAAGCUAGAAAUAACCUCUGCUGGUUUGAUGUUUAGUGUUUGGGACGCCAUUUAUAUAUGGCAGGCUUUAUGGUUGGUAUAUGGCCUCAGUACCAUAUGUAGAAUGAAAGGUGGUCACUAUAUAUAUACCCUCGACUUCAUGCCUCCAGCUGUCUAUAUCAUCUUUAUCAUAUAUCUAUGUUGUAACAUAAUUUGGUUGUUCCUUUGGGAUAAUCAAUAUGUAUUCACCGCCUUGUGCCUCAUCGCAAUGACACCAUUCACACUGUAUUUCACCCUCUACAUAUGUUCUUCACGUUUAUAUCGCAACAUGACAAAAGGUGCUUCAUGUGUCGACAUUUGGCUGGUACGAUUUCUGGUUCAAAAUGGAAUGGCGUUUUAUGCGACCUGGACAUUCCUUGCUGCAGUACUCAAUCUCGAUACGGUUUUGUCGCACUGGCAUCGUCAGGGACAGGACACGGCUUCUACGGCUAUUCUGGUAAUUUUGUUUGUAGAGGUUGUGGUUUGGUUUAUUAUAGACAUCUUUCUGUAUGAUAAAUACACGCGGUAUAUCUUCAGUCCUUACCUCAUGAGGGUUAUAGUUUUCUCUGGGCUAGUUAAAAACGACUAUGCCUUCGACACCAUCUACCACGAUUCGGCCUUAAUAAUAACGCUGUUGGUUGUAGCUGUUGCAAUGUUGUUUCUCAAGAUAUCCAUACUCGUCUUCCGUCAUAUUACCUCACCCAUCAUAUCCAAGAAACUCGCCCCCAUCACUGUCAAUUUGGCGAUUUGAUGCCAAAUACAAAAGAAAGGGGUGCAUUUUAUAUUGUAUGUUGAUUUCUACGUUCCGGUAUUAAAUAUUGAAGAACAUUUCCAUACUCUGGUAAUAUCUGCAGGUUCAAUUAUUGCAGAAGCCUUGUGUUGUAUGAUUCCAACCUCUUACAAGCCAAAGUUAAUAUACCCCCAGAAACAAGAAGGCGGCACAAAUUAAACACCGAAAAUUCGAAGAAAUGAUGGGUUGGAAUGCAAAGGCGAAUGGAGGUAAUAGUGUUUCACUAAUGAAUAUGGACUAAGCUAAACGUAUUGCAGACGCCUUGUUUUGUAUGAUUCCAGUCUCUUACAAGCCGAAGUUAAUAUACCCCCAGAUAUGGCACAAAUUAAACACCGAAAAUUGGAAGAAAUGAUCAAAGUGAUGGAUUGGAAUACAAAGGCGAAUGGAGGAAAUAGUGUUUCCAUAAGAAAUAUGGACUAAGCUAAACAUAGGGAGUAAAUCGGUCAGUAAAAGAGCACGGGGUUCCAUGAGAUCAUUGACUCGUACCCGAAGUGUUUAGAAAAGUAUUUCGGUAAAUACUUCCGGUAACAAAAGACGAAUAAGGUGAGCAGCGUACAUAGUCAUCCUAACACUGAUCAGAAGUGAAUAUUCGCUAGGCCGCUACAAUCACUGAUAAGGAUGACAUCAAUGCGACUUAUUAAAUUCUAAAACAUUUUUUUGAUGUAUUAGAAAAAUAAAUAAAGACGUUUGACGUAUAGGAGGUAAAAAUUAUUUCCUAUUUAGUGUAAAUGGGUAUUAAAAUGACUAAAAGGCAGCAUUCUGGCCGAAGCAGUAACGUCUUAUGUAAACUAUGCACGCGCCAUUCAGCCAAUGAUUGACGCCGCGUGCUGUGACGGCACGUGUUGAAGGCAGUCAUCUUUUAUAGAGAUAUUAGAAGACUUUCGUAAUUCUCUGUGAAACAGAUUGAGUCAUCCUCAAUGUCAUCCUGAUGGAAGAAUACGAAAAUUGUGCACACGUUAAAGAUCCAAACACAUAUGUUUGGUAUUAUCUAUUAGAAAGACGUAUUUUUGUGGACUGGCAUAGUCUUCAGUAUACGCAAGAGUCGGGGUGGAUUAAAACAAUAGCCAAGGAAGACCCAGGAUUAUUAUUAUUAUAAAAACAAUGUAUAUAUCAUGCUACGAUGUGUUUAUGCCAUUUAUUGACUAUGUGUCUGACAAGAAUAUGUUCAGAACUAAUUUUAUUUCAGUUUUCAAGAAGUUGUUCCAAAUUUUGAGUUUAUGAAAUUAAUUUGUACAUCAAUAUAAUACAAUAUGUAAGUAAUAGAUAGCAACCACUUUCCAUGGUGCUAUUCGAAAUUUUUAUUUCUAAUAACAACUGUGCAAAUGGGGUGCUAUCUCACUUACCCAUCGACACAAACUAUUAAGAUAAUUGCCAAGUAUCAAUGAAACCUGACUUUGUGUACGUGAAAAUCAACGCAUGGGUUUAUUGAAAGUUUCUAUUACGUCAGUAUCAACCCUUAAUGACUUUAUAGAAGGUUGAUGACCACACAGCAAUGGUUGCUAUGGAGCGAGCUAGGCGAAUGCAUAGCCGUGCAGGUUAUAGUUUUUAUAUAUAUAUUACAUUCUAUAUCUAGAAAAGUAUGUCUUAUUCAGAUGUAAAUACUAUUAAUCAAUCCGUCCUUGAAUAUUGGACGUUAAAUCUGGUUAAAACACAGAUCCUAUUUCGUUUCGUUUUUAUAGUUCCAAAUUUCGUUUUAUUUGUCUUUACUACACUUUGAUCUGGAAGAGUUGUUAUUUAACUCGUGUUCUGAAUGGUGUCAGGGAUAAGCCAAUGAAACGGUCUGUUACGGCGAGCUUUAGGCGUGUUUUGCACGGAACUGUGGGUAAUCCACUAGUAACAUCAAUGCUGAUCAGUUAAUCAAAUGUCUGACAUCAUAGGGUCAUAAGUCGAUCUUUUGACCCCUGACGUGACCUAUCACUAUAACUUGUCAGAUCUUCAUGUAGUGUAGGCCCUCGAAAGUAUAAAAAACGAAACGAAAUAUGGAUCUGUAUUUUAAUCAGAUUGAUUGGACGUUAAAAUUGUAAAGACAAACAACAACAAGCCGUUCCUAUAAUUGUAUGUAUAUAAUUGUUAUUAUGCGUUCCAGUAUUAAAGAUCGAGGAACCAUUCUUGUAAUAUGUGUCUCGUAAAAUAUCAUACAUUUGACUUAAUAAAUUCUCUUGCUCGAAGAGGUUAUUAAAAUGGGAGGAAAUCUGAGAAAACCCACAAAGUUAGACACGCAAGCGUACUUGUUGUUACCACGUACGUGCAUGGUAUAUAUUGCAUCUAUACAGAUAACGAACUGUAUGGACGACUGGCAGUAACAUUGGCCAAUUGUUUAAAUGUCGGGGCUUUGCACUUGCUGCAGAUAAGUUGGCGUCUAGUACACAAGUAGGUGCCAUUUUUUCGUCGUACAUCACUGGCAAGGGGAUACCAAGCUGGUGACACUGAUAUCGAAAAGCAUGUGAGUUGAUGUAGCGGUAGAUAUAAAAUGGGUAAAUAUAUUAAAAUGGAGGGGGAAUAACUCUCCUAAGCGACUGCAUACAGGCCCAAAUAAUUUCACAAUUUUUUAAAUGUUAAUUCUGAUCUGUUUACACGGCUUCAACUUUUCGUUGAGAUUAACGCUCUCAGCCAUGAAGUAACAUCUAGCCAUGCGUGUAAUGAGAUUAUAUGAGAUUGGCCAUUGUAAGAUAUACAAAUUGGAAGUAACAUACUAUAAAUAUGCAACUAUCCGCUCUAAAGAACCCCUUAAGUCUGUUAUCCAUCCGCCUCUAAACCAUGAAUAUUCACCUGUCAGAAAAUGUCAAUUUAAACCCUCGUUUUCAAUUCAAGACCAAAAAGACAUGCAAAAUAAAAUGAUAUGAUAUUUUUAAGGCCAUAUUUGCCACAAAAACUACAUUCGAGACGGGGAACAUGCAAAAUGAAAUGUUUAAAGCCAUAUUUGCCACGGAAAUUGGGAGAAAAGAGAGAUAUAAAGAUAAUGAACUACAUUCGAGAUAGGGAACAUGCAAUAUGAUAUGAUAUGAUGUUUA